AUAUAUUAUGUUUCAUUUCAGCGUCUAGUGGAAGUCUCGUAGCCAAUAUCGAGUUGGGGCAUAUGGUGUACCCUCCGAACAAAGAACCACUGUCGCAGGAUUUUCAAUCGUGGCACCGAAAUACGAGUCGCUACCGCAUAAACAAUCCAGUUUAUUACAGCAGCAUCGAAUGCGGUGUUGCCAGUUACGACACAGCUGAACGCAAAAAGCUGAUAUUUGAUGAGACUUCAUCACCAGGCCAGUGGCCGUGGAUAGUUGCAGUCUACCAUGUUGAAAUAGAAGAGUUAGAGACAACAUACUCCUUUAAAUGUGGUGGUUUUCUGUUCACGAACAGACAUGUAUUAACAGCGGCGCACUGUUUGAAAAUGGACCUAUUGAGCAACGAUACAAUAGACCCUAACAGGUUGCAAGUGGCAAUGGGGCUAUUGAGCUGGGGCAAAUUGCACGGAGAUGGAACUGUUAAUCGGAAUGUCACAAUCUACAAAAUUCAUCCCAAUUAUGAGCAUAAUACCCACGGUGACUCCGAUGUCGCGAUUUUGACCCUCAGUGAUCUCGUCGAGUUCAAUCCUUUUAUCAGGCCUAUUUGUCUAUGGUCCGGUUUUAAUUUAAUUAAUCCUGUAGACCUCAUCAAUAGAACAGGAUAUAUUGUGGGAUGGGGUGAAGACUCGACAUCUUUUGGUUCUAUUGUAGAAAGACAACCGGUGCCGGCGAAGAUAGUAAGUCAAGAGACCUGUCUCAGGGCUGAUCGUAUAUACCGUAACCUCAUCUCGGAUAACACCUUUUGCGCUGGUUUGCUAGACAGACAGGGUCCUUGUAACAGUGGGAGCGGGCUGCUAUUUUUAAACACUCUCACGGGUCGUUAUGAGUUGCGUGGCAUUGUUUCGCGAUCUUUACUCACAAUCAGUAAAACUCCGUCCUGCAAUCUAGGGAACUACGUCGUCUAUGUCGAUUUGGUCAAAUAUGUAUACUGGAUUCAACAACAGUUAUAUUGAAAUUUUAAAAACUCUUAAAGUUCUUCAAAAUGCCACGUUGUCCCAGGAUCACAUAAUUUU